UGCCAUUUUUUGAGCAAUGCUGUCACAAUGUACGUUGCCAAACUGUCCUGCAUUCUGUGAGCUAAAUAGCAGUCUGUUCACAGUGCAGUCAAUCAGUCUGCUUGCUGUAGGGUUAAGAGUGCAUUGCUAGCAAAACUUUUUUUUUGUCAGGAAUAUACUCACACAUACGUUGUUUUUAUGGCACAGCUAUGUCUUUAUGAGGGAUUUCUGUCAGCAGUUAUCUUGGUAGGAACCGAAUGUCUCUGCACUUUGGACUGACGUAGCAAAAGGGACAGAAAUCUGUAGCAAAGAUCGGGUAUUUAGAAGUGAGCCACAUAAUAAGUUGGGUUUGGGGAGCUAUGGGAGCAAAGACAUCUUUCUCUUGCCUCUUUUGAGAUCAGAGUCACUAGCUCUAUACUUCUCUUCUGCAUAUUGCUUUUCAGCAAUAAGCUUCGCAGCAGGUUAGCUACUGUUAGCUUAUUACUUGUGGAGCCAGAUUGUUUUUGUUAUGCUAACUUUUUUAAAACCCUAAGCGAUUAUUACGUAGUUAGAAAAUUAGUUAAAUUCCAAGCCAAGGAUUUGUUGCUUUCCAAAGCAUGGUGUUAUCUACUUACUUAAUGUUCAGAGACUUAUAUUAAUUUAUAGUUUCCCAAGAUCCUAAAACAAUUAUCUGUCACAUUAUCUGUAUGUCCACCCACCUGAUAAGCACUACAUGAAACUUACUUCCAAAAGCCACCAUCUGUUCUGUUAACUGUUGUGACUUGUCAGAUUUUGCCACAUGUGCUUAACACCAUUCCGCGUAUAGUAAAUCACUCUGUAGCAGCUCUACUGUCUUGACUGGAUAAGCUUUUCUUCUUGAUAUGAUUUGAGAUUGUUGUACGUUGUGGAUGAAUGGAGAGAGGCUGCUGAAUUUUAAGUAUAAAUUGCUCAAUUUCAGUUUUUUUCUGUAAACCAAUGAAAUAAGACACAUUAAUUAUUACUUACAUAGUACUGUCAGCAUGCUAAAUGUAGGAUUUAAAUUACUAUAUAGAAAACUGUAGGAUUUAAAUUAACUAUAUAGAAACACUCAGGUGCCAGUGCUUGGUGUAUGAAAUAUGUACUUAUUCUGAAAAUUAUGAAGUGGUGGAUAAGAACUGAGCUUGGAUACAAAAAUCAUCCAUGGUAUUAAAGUUAUGCCACUGAUAAUCCAACAGAAGUAUGAUAAGAUUGCUUUAGAAAUGAGCUGCUGGCCGCUAGAAAAAGGAGAAAACAAAAUCUAUUUUUAAAGUUGACUGGUCUUCUGUAAAGACACCUAUAUGUCUAGUUUGCAUUUACUUUUAUCAUACUUGUUAACAAAGAGCUUAAUUUUGCCAAAAUACACACUUGCUAAGAAGAAUAUCACUUCAGAUUUUCAAAAUCAGUAUUUCAUUUUACAGAUAUCAGGAGUGUUUACUUGCCCUAAACAUUAAAAUUGACUGAGAAGGUAUUAACGUUUGUGAAUCUCUUGUAGAAUAACAUUGUAAGUGUUAGCAAACUUUUAGAAAGACAUUGUUUGGGGUUAAUAGAUGUCAGGUAAAAGAAAGGUGGUUAAAGGGUAUUUUCUUUUGGUAUGUAUGUGGGGGGGGUGGUGCAUGUUCGCAAAACCCUUCAAAUUAGCGAUGCUGUAAAGUAAUCAGCUGUAGUUGUAUUUCCUGUUCAGUUACUGAGAAAAAAGCAGCAGGUAAGUGUUUAUUGCUGUCUGUCUACAGAUAUUGGAGCAAUGAAAGUUCUAUUUUGUACUGACUGUUCUAAAGUUCUGUAUUUGUUGUCAACAGCUGAAGAGAAGUAUGCCAGCGUACCUGGCUUCUUGGAAGGCUUCUCCGCGUGUCUUUAGAUCCUCCAAAUCGGGACUUAUGCCAAAUGUAGCCAGUGAUGGAGUUGUCUGUGCUCCGCUUCAAACGUUCACUGAAGAGGAGACAAUGAUGAAACAUAUGGUGAAAAAAUUUGCUCAGGAACAAGUUGCACCUUUGGUGCAAAAAAUGGAUGAGAAUUCGAAAAUGGAAGAAUCGAUAAUAAAGGGAUUGUUUGAACAAGGGCUGAUGAGUAUUGAGCUUGAAGAAGAAUAUGGAGGAACUGGAGCUUCAUUUUUUUCAACCAUAUUGGUGGUAGAAGAACUGGCCAAAGUUGAUCCAGCUGUAGCUCUUCUGUGUGAGCUCCAAAAUACAUUAACUAAUAAGUUGUUUAGCACAUAUGGAACAGAAGAACAAAAGAGAACAUACUUGCCCAGAGUGGCUAAAGAUAUGAUAGGCAGUUUCUGUCUUUCGGAGGCUGGAUCUGGCAGUGAUGCAUUUUCUUUGAAGACUCGGGCUGAAAAGAAGGGUGACUACUAUAUCAUCAGUGGCUCAAAGAUGUGGAUUAGCUUUGCAGAACACGCGGACGUUUUUUUUGUGAUGGCAAAUACAGAUCCUGCUUUGGGAUACAAGGGAAUUACAUGCUUCAUAGUAGAUCGCAACACAGAAGGGCUACAAGUAGGGAAGAAGGAGAAUAAGCUUGGAAUCAGAGCAUCCUCUACCUGCCCAGUAACAUUUGAAAAUGUUAAGGUUCCUGAGACCAGUAUCCUAGGACAGGUUGGGCAAGGCUAUAAGUAUGCAAUUUCAAUGCUAAAUCGUGGCAGAAUAGGUAUUGCUGCACAGAUGUUAGGAUUGGCACAGGGGUGUUUUGACCAUACGGUUCCCUAUACAAAGGAGAGAGUCCAGUUUGGGAAAAGCGUAUUUGAUUUUCAGGGGCUGCAACAUCAGAUAGCUCACGUGGCCACACAAUUGGAAGCUGCAAGGUUGUUGACCUACAAUGCAGCUCGUCUUGCAGAAGCAGGAAGGCCAUUCAUAAAGGAGGCAAGCAUGGCCAAAUAUUAUGCUGCUGAGGUUGCAACACUGACAACUAGUAAAUGUAUUGAAUGGAUGGGUGGAGUUGGAUUCACAAAAGAUUAUCCAAUCGAAAAAUAUUAUCGUGAUUGCAAGAUAGGUACGAUAUAUGAAGGAACUUCAAAUAUCCAGUUGAGCACCAUUGCAAAACACUUAGCACAGGAGUACUGAAACCUUAAGGAAUUCUUGACUGUUAGAGGAAUUAUUCCACUGAACAUUAAUCAUGAAUUGCACAUUUACCUGUAAUUAUAAAAUCACAAAGGACAUAAAACAAAAAUACGUUAUCAUAGAUGAAAUCAUAAGCAAAACCAUGAAUUCACAUUUCACGAUAGCAAGUACUUCAUGUGAACUCAUGAAUUCCGUAUUCAACUCCAAAUCAUGCUAAAAAUAUGUAGUUAUAGAUCUCUCUACCUGAGAGCCUUCUAAUGUAGUACAUUGAUUUAAAUUAUUAAAUUGGUUUAGAUUAUCCAGUGUAUCUUAAUUUGGAGAUUUCAGAGUGAAAACAAAAGAAGCAAAUUCUUGCAUGAUGCAAAAGGACAUGUUAAGCUGCCUAGAAGAAAAGAAGAUUCUCCAAGUGUAGCAGAAUUAUUGCAUAGGGUAGAGUUGCUGUUUGUUCUUGAUGGCCCUGUAUUAGCGUGGGGCACAGGAGGUGCGUGGAAAUAGAUAGUUGGUUUCCUCUCUCCCUGGCUGAGCGAUUCCUAUGGAGCUGCUGUAAUUGGAGUAAAUUUUAUAGCAACCCUUAGUGUAUUCUUAAGUAUAUCUUGGUAAUUAAGCCCCUCCAGCCCCAAUUUGUAGUAGUGAAUGGUGGAUAAUAUCUACCUCUCUUUCCAGCCUCCUUCAGUUGUUAAGGGUUUUAAUCUAAGGGGCUAUUUACAGUUUUCCUUUUAUAAACGGUUGAGUUGAAAUCUCUGUGAAAUGGGGUUAAAAAAGCCCUAGUAGUUUUGCAGAAAGACAGAGUUAUAAGGUAGGUAAUAGGAGUGCUGUAAUACCACCUCACAGUAGCUUUUCCAUGCUCAAUGCAUUUUACAUACUUUGAUCCUCCAAGCUUUCCUGAGAGUUAGUUAAUUUGCAGCUGAGAACUCUCUCAUGGAACUCAAUAGUUCUCUGCAAAGAGCAAAGUGUUUCUCCAUUUGAGAUAACUUUUCUGCUUUUGAGGAGAAAAAGGAGAAUUUUUAUAUAAUAUGUGUGUGCGCAUAUACACACACAUAUAUGCCUAUAUAUAUAUACACAUAAAUAAAAAUAUUUUUCCAGGAGUAUUUACUUUUUGUCCCUCUCUUUACUUUAGAUGUAUUUUCUUUACCAAAGAAGACUCCUCAGUGUUGGAGAACUAAUAAACUAAGAGUCAAGAGACUGAAAACUUAGUAUCUGAAAAAUUAUCAUUGAUAAUGAGAAUUUGUUCAAGUGUUUUGGGGAGACGAGGGUUGUGUUUUGGACAGUUUAGAAGAAUCUCAUUUUUAAAGCUUGCUAGUCACUGAUGCUUUGCUUUGAAUGGGGCUUUGACUGUUAGUCAGACUCCCAAAAGAUUUUCUAGUAAAGCCAGGGAAAAUGAGAUUUAGUAGGUAUGGUGUGUUUUGGGUGAAACAAGCAGACUGCAGUGCAUGGUAUUAAACAAAGGAAAAAGCAAGGAGGGACAGCACCACUGAGGUUGUAAAUGGUUGUCUAACCUGCUCUCAGCCUCAAAGGGAAGUAACUGCUUUAGUGAACGACUCUUCCCCCCCAUGCACACUUUGCCUGUUGAUAGGCAAAGGAUUAAUGUUGUAAUUAUCCUUGUGCUGAAGAAACAAGCACCUUCUGUAUUUGGUCAAUAACUAUGAGAUUUUCAAAAAUACAGACGUAGGAGGGUAGACUAGACGAUUUCUGAAGGCUGCUUCUAGCUAUGUUAUUAAAAAUGCAGUUUAGGUUGCUUGCAGGCUUUUUUCAGCUGAACCCAACUGCUAAGGAUAUUGUUAGACUAGAAUGAAGACUACAUUCACAGCAACAGCUAACUACAAUUACUCUACUCAACAUACUCUUACCUAUGAGUCUAAAAUGAGCACAAGCAAGCUACAAAAUGUUUGUUAUAUUGAAGAAUAUGGUGAGUUGUGCUAAUGUGAGAGGCAGUCCUUGGCUGCAGUUUAGCCUGCUUUGCUAACAUGAAUGUCAAUAGAGAUCAGGUUUUUGAUUCAUACUGUUUAAUAGGCUCCCUAGUUUGAGAUGUUAUCUUAGCCUGGCUUCUGGAGUUUUGUGCAAGUCGAGGAAGUGAGUAAGUGACAAUACUUACCUGAGCUAACACAGUAAUAAAAGCAAACCUGUUAUGGAUCAAGUAUUAUGGAGAAAAGUGCUGAGCUCUCUGAAGGACAGCUAAGAGCUGGCUGUUCAAGAUUAUGUAGAAGGGCUGUUACUUUGUACAGAACUGUCAGGAGUGUAUUUUUUAAAAAAUGAUCAGGACAAAUCAAAAUAGCGUGAUUUCCAGCAAUCAUAACUUGCAUGCUAUGUUCCAGGACACCACCCGAAUAGCCUUGUCAGCUAAUCGGCAGUUCAUCUCAGAAAAGCAAAGCCAAUACUUUGAUUACUUUUAUAGCUAUAAAAGUAAAUGUGUCUCAGUUACAUAUGCUGUAUUCUGUAAGUGCACAAUGCCUUCUGAAAGAAGCCGUAUGCAUUGUUUGGUGUUUUUCUACAAAGUUCUGUGGAGAAAUACGCAUGGAUGAACUGUGACCGCUGAGUUCCUUGCCGAGACUCCAUUGCUGUUUUAAAAGGGUAUAUACCAUUGUCUGGCAUUAGCCAUUCUGGGCACUGGCUGACUCUGGGAAGGGUCGACUUAUUUAAUCUCCCUAAGCCUGAUUCCCCUGCCACAGUAAUGCAGAUGUUGGUUUAAUAAUAAGGUGUGCUGUGCAUUUGUGCUAAAGAGUUAUUAGGAACUGCCUGCGCCCCCAAUUCAGGUUGGGAAAAGCAUCGUGGAUUGUCAUAAAUCACACUUCUACAUUUGGCACUGUUGGGCUUAGGACUGUUCUUAGUGGUUGCUACACCAGUGAUUCUAGCGCUGCAGGGGUGGUAUUGUGGAUGUUAUGAAGCUUUGUGUGAUGAGAGUAGGACUUAAAGCUACUUUAUGCAUAAACUAUAUGCAUAACUUUAUGUUAGUGAGUUUUCCCUUUAUAUGCCUCAGUCAACCCAGGCAGUCUAGUCUACUGCACUGGGGCCUCUUCAGUAAUAGAAUGUUAUGUCUGGGCUUUUCUGGUUAGAAAAAGACAUGUAUUGAGAAUGUAUAAAAAAGUGCCUGAAUGUGGUGUUUGGCUAAAUGCAGUGUUAGUACUGUGUAUCAGCUGACAGUUCUGUAAAAUAAUUAUUAUUUUAAAUCAUGUCCUGGAUUUUGCACUUUUUUAAUGGGACAGAAUGAAGAUAGAUAUUUUAGUACUGUUCUGGUCCAUGAUAAACCUCUGAGGCAGAUUUACACAGAAGGGUUUAAUUACUGCAUGGAAAAUACUCAAAUAUAGCAUUUUAUAUGAUGUUUUCUAUGCUGCUGUUCUUCCUUUUUUUUCCAUAUCAAGAUUAUGUUAGAAAAGUCUUACAUGAAACGUAAAGUAUGUAAGCUAUUUAAAGAUACUGAUGCAAAGUUUUCGGCUUAGACAAGAAUACUGAGGGAGCUUUUGGUUGCCCUUGUGGUCACCAUUGUGAUCACCAAUACUGAAAAAUAACUGAGAUGCAUGAUUUAGUGCAUUUCAAAUAACUGGAGAGCAUUUAAUGUUGUCCAAUGGGUAGAACAAAAGAACAGUAGGAUGAAAUUAAGAAAAAUAUAAAUUAGUUGGAUAUGAUGAGAAACUUAAUGAGUCAUUUUCAUUAGAUGGUGGAAUGAUCUAAUUAAGUUGAAAGCAUUAUUAUUGGAGUACUACACUAGAAUAGAGGAAGUACUUAAAAACGUACUAUAGGGACCCAUUCCUCCUUUGAAAGGGAGAGGAGCUGCUGAUGUGCUAGAUUAGAAGGCUCCUAGGAGAACAAAGUUUUACAUCUUUCCGUCCAUUUUCCAGAGAUUCCCUUUUGCAGAAAUUUGGUCUUUGAGAGCCUUUUACUAGUUAAAGAAUUUUCCAGUUAACAUAUAAUUACAUUUCCAUUUGGACAUCUUUUGGUAAGAGACCCAUUUCAAGUUCUUCAUACCAAGAGAACCUAGAUUUGAAAUGUAGUCUGGUUCUAAAGAAGCUGUCUGACUUGAGCCUGUUGAUUGAAUACAUGAGAACUGAAGAAACAUUUUUUUCUUCACCCCAGAAAGUAUUCACUGCACCAACAUGAUAGAUCUUAUAGGAGAGUUAUGUGAAAGUGGUUAAUGGCUACCACAAAUACUUCAUAAAUACUUACCUGUUAUGUUAUCUCUAUGCAAACUGUUGGAGGAGGCACAGAUCAACUGAGGGCUGAAAGGAAGAUGAAUAUGUAUUGUAUGAUUCUCAAAGAAUUCUCACAUGACUUUGUUUUGAAAUACUAUAGUCGAGUGUUUUCCAAAGAGUUCUCUUCCCAUCUGAGAUGUAACUCUAGAUCUAGGUAAAGCGGAAUGGCCGGAAGUCUUGUCUUUCCGGGAUUUGGCUGCCUAGAGCUAAGUAACAUGGUUAGCUGUACGCACAGGAUGAGCAAGAAGCAAGUACGUUCUUGGUUUGCUUGUAAUCAUUCUUUGAGUCUGUCUUGAAACUACACACAGUCAAACAUCAAUGCAUAGUUAAUCCAAAGUCCUAGGCUAACAAAUAGGAAUUACAAAAAUAUGCCAGUUUUUAAAUCAGUCACUAUAAUUAACAAAGUUCAGCUUAGCAGCAUUGCAGAUGUUUUCUUGUCUGAUAUUAAAGACAUUAUUAAGCUGCUUUGAAAUCUUGGCAUUUAUUAUCCUCUUUAAAAUAUUCUGUUCUUGUGUAAUAUCUCUGUAACAUGUUAUGUUACUAGAACUAGCCAGUGUGUUUCCUAAUAGCAUGUUUCAUAAAUCAGACUAUUCAAAUGUUGACUAAUCAUGGAUAUGUUGAAGUUCUAAAGGAUGUGUGAUAUGCAAUAUUACAUUUUUUCUGGUUUAAAAAAACCUUAAAAAUAUUUUUAAAUAGAAAUAAAGAUGUAAUAGAAAUAGUGUCUUAUUAGCUACAUUGAUACUAAUACUAGAGGCCUGUGCACAUAAAGAAAUGGCAGUAACUUCACUAAAUGCCUUGACUGAAAACAAAUCCUCCCGCCCAAACAGAAAACAGUAUCUCAAUAGCCAAGUAACCAAUGAUUUCAGAAGAACUCGUUAUCAAGUGUGUGCAAUGAGGAAUUUGAACAUCUAGACAAAUAUGUUCAUGAAAAAUUUUGUAGGGGUAUCUGGAGAAAAGAAAACUAUUACAAGCUGUAUGUACUACCUUGCAUGGUGCAGUGAAGGAAGAAAUCCUAAUGGCAACAGGAAAACCUAAAAUACAGCAAUAAAUCCUUAACUUCCA